GCUUAUUUCGGCCAAUAGGCAGACGCGCCCCCUCGUUGCCGCUCCGCCCUGGCUCGCUGGUCCCAGAAGGCGCCGGGUUUCCCAAGAUGGCGGCCGACGUGUCCGUUACUCACCGGCCCCCGCUGAGCCCGGAGCCUGGGGCCGAGGCUGAAGCAGACGAUGCCCCAGAGCGCCGGUCGCCCGAAGAAGAACUGCAGCCGCUAGAUCCAGAGGAGAUCAGGAAACGCUUGGAACACACCGAGCGCCAGUUCCGUAACCGCCGCAAGAUACUGAUCCGGGGCCUCCCGGGGGACGUGACCAACCAGGAAGUGCACGACCUGCUCAGCGACUAUGAGCUCAAGUACUGUUUUGUGGACAGAUACAAAGGGACAGCCUUUGUGACCCUGCUGAACGGGGAGCAGGCCGAGGCCGCCAUCAGCACCUUCCACCAGAGCUGCCUGCGGGAGCGCGAGCUAUCUGUGCAGCUGCAGCCCACUGAUGCCUUGCUCUGCGUGGCCAACCUGCCCCCCAGCCUCACUCAGCAGCAGUUCGAGGAGCUGGUGCGGCCCUUCGGCAGCCUGGAGCGCUGCUUCCUGGUCUAUAGCGAGCGCACUGGCCAUUCCAAGGGGUAUGGCUUUGCCGAGUACAUGAAGAAGGACUCGGCUGCCCGUGCCAAAUCGGACCUGCUGGGCAAGCCGCUGGGCACGCGCACCCUCUAUGUGCACUGGACAGAUGCAGGACAGCUGACACCCGCCCUGCUCCACUCCCGCUGCCUCUGUGUUGACCGCCUGCCCCCUGGCUUCAGUGAUGUGGACGCCCUGCGCCGGGCUCUGUCGGCUGUCCACACACCAACCUUCUGCCAGCUGGCGUACGGCCAGGAUGGGCAGCUGAAGGGCUUCGCUGUGCUGGAGUAUGAGACUGCCGAGAUGGCUGAAGAGGUGCAGCAGGAGGCAGACGGCCUGGCCCUGGGGGGCAGCCACCUGCGCAUUUCCUUCUGUGCCCCAGGGCCCCCUGGCCGCAGCAUGCUGGCUGCGCUCAUCGCUGCCCAGGCCACGGCCCUCAAUCGGGGCAAAGGGCUCCUGCCUGAACCCAGUAUCCUGCAGCUGCUCAACAACCUGGGGCCUUCCGCCUCCCUCCAGCUGCUGCUCAAUCCCCUGCUUCACAGCAACUCGGGAGGCAAGCAGGGUCUCCUGGGUGCCCCCCCAGCCAUGCCACUGCUCAAUGGGCCUGCUCUGUCCACGGCGCUGCUGCAGCUGGCCCUGCAAACCCAGGGUCAGAAGAAGCCCGGGAUCCUGGGAGACUCUCCCUUGGGCACCCUGCAGGCUGGUGCCCAGUCGGCCAACCACCUCCUUGGGGAGCUAUCUGCAGGAGGGGGCCUGCCCCCAGAGCUGCCACCCCGGCGAGGGAAGCCACCACCCCUGCUACCGCCACUGCUUGGUCCUUCCGGAGGUGACCGAGAACCCAUGGGCCUGGGUCCCCCAGCAGCCCAGCUCACUACACCCCCUGCCCCUGCGGGACUCCUAGGCACUGGCCUCAGAGGCCUGCAGAAAGAUAGUGGACCUCUGCCAACACCGCCCGGGGUCUCACUGUUGGGGGAGCCCCCCAAGGACUUCCGGAUCCCCCUGAACCCUUACCUGAACCUACACAGCCUGCUCCCUGCCAGCAAUCUGGCGAGUAAGGAGGCCCGGGGCUGGGGAGGUGCUGGGAGAAGCCGCCGCCCAGCUGAGGGCCCCCUGCCUAACCCCCCAGUCCCCAGAGGUGGAGGUGGUGGAGGCGGUGGCAGCAGCAAAGCCUUCCAGCUCAAGUCCCGCCUGCUCAGCCCCCUCACCAGCACGCGCCUGCCCCCCGAACCAGGGCUUCCUGACAGCUAUGGCUUCGACUACCCUUCGGACAUGGGACCUAGGCGGCUCUUCUCCCACCCAAGGGAGCCAGCCCUCGGGCCUCACGGACCCAGCCGACACAAAAUGUCCCCUCCACCCAGUGGCUUCAGCGAACGGAGUGGUGGAGGUGGUGGGGGAUCCUUCUCUCACUUUUAUUCGGGCUCGCCCACUUCCUACUUCACCAGCGGCCUGCAGGCUGGCCUCAAGCAAAGCCACCUUAACAAGGCGGUUGGUUCCUCUCCACUGGGCUCCGGAGAAGGGCUCCUGGGCCUGGGCCCUGGGCCCAAUGGCCAUAGCCACCUACUGAAGACACCACUGGGUGGCCAGAAACGCAGCUUUGCCCACCUGCUGCCCUCGCCAGAGCCCAGCCCAGAAGGCAGCUAUGUGGGACAGCACUCCCAAGGCCUUGGUGGCCAUUAUGCAGAUUCGUACCUGAAGCGCAAGAGGAUUUUCUAAGGGGCUAGUGCCAGAGAUGCUCCAGGGCCUGCACCAAAUCGCUUUUGGGUUUUCUGGUGUUUUGUGUUUUUGUUUGUUUUUUCCUUUCAGUAAUAGAAAAUCUCUGAAAGACUUUGCUGACCAACCAGCUGGAGCCCAAGGAGUGUGGGAGAGUCUGGGGGCUACUCUGCAUCUCUGGUCUGCUCCUAGCAUGGAAACCCUGCAGCCUUAAGAGAGAGAGCAGGCUGGGCCCCUUUCUGCCCUCCCUGUGUCCGCCGGCAUCUGCCUCUCGGGGAGCCUUCUCCUGCCUCGUCGCUCCUGUAUCUUGGCCUUUCGAGUGCCUUGGAGGUUUCCCUGACCUCCCGUGAGGAUCAGAGACUAUCCCCCUUUUUUAACUUUGACAAUUGACUUUUGUUUCCUUUUCUAAUUUUUAUUAUUUUUUAAAUAAUCCAGAACGACCCCCAGGUCUUAUACCUGCAAGUUUCAACUUGUCUGUGCCUCCAUUCCACACUCUUCAGUUUGAAAUGGCUCAGCUCUUUUCUCUUUCUCCCAUGUCUGUUGCAGGCAUGACUGCCUCCUGCCCCUGCCUGCCCAGUCUGGCCUGUACUCCAGCUCUGGGUGCCCUGCUCCCUGCCACAGUCCCCUUGCCUUCUGAUGCCUUAAAGCGGGACCCCAAACCCCACUGGCCAGAGCCUUUCAGACGUCAAGCUCUGGAAGCUUGACUCAGGACCAAACAGCUCUGGCCUGGGGAUUGGGUCUCUCUACCCAGGGUCUCCACCCUGGGGACAGUAGAAGGCCAAAGCCUUGGUCUUAGCAAACCAACUCCACCAUUCCUCUGCCCAGGCCUAGGUGCAGCGACAGGCUUUCUCUGCCCGCUGAAACCAGUCCCCCUGCUCUUUGUCUAUGGGAGUCCGGCACUGUGCACCUCACUGACCCUCUGCUGACUCCCCCCAUGUUGAAGAUGAACUUCACCUCUAUCCCUGGCCAGGUCACUUGGAGCUGGCCUCCCCUUGGACCAUUGCUGGAAUCACACAACUCCAUGCAGAUAAACUCUGCCCCUGCCCACCAGCAGGACCUGUUGGCCUGAAGUGGCCCUGGGCCCGCCCCUGGCCAGCUAGGCCACAGCUUCCUUUUUACUCUGGGGGUCCCCCUCCUCUCACAAAGACAUUUGCUCAAUUAAAGUUUGUAAGUAAAUGGUUUUAAAGAAAGCAGAGCUGA